UCAAUUUCAAUGAACUCACCUUAACUCUGAUCAAAGGCGACUACCGCUAAUUAACCUGCUGCUACCUGGCGUAACAGUUACCUGUCAGCCCGAAUAGCUUCACGACAAAGACGCAACGUGGGGACAGGGCGGCCCACCUGGUGUAGACGAUGGUCUACAUCCCACACCUGACAGUCAGAAGCACCAUGAGGUGUACGACGCGCACCCAACGAGUGUUGUUAUGUCGAGUGUUUCUCUUGGGCAUCGCGCUGGUCAGCGUGUACUUGGUGGGCAAGUCCCUGACAGGAAUCAUGAUUUCAGGUUCCAGUCAACGGACAAAGAGGACGCUAGAGCUUAAAUGGUGCUCUAAUCCCCAUAGGCAUUGAAGUGAGUGACACACAGGAGGGAAACACCGGUCAACCCAAAGAACAGUUGCAGCGGCAGAGACAGCGCAUGGAAGGCCGGCAGAGCCAGGCCGAGAGGUACUGCCAGCACACAGGCACGAAGGACGGCGAGACGGAUGAGCAGCACUCACCCAAAAGCUGUCCCCUCGUCUCCUUAACUCACCCCUCAAUAUUCUGUUCAGUCCCCAGUAUUGGGUCGACCUUCUGGAGCAGGUUUUACAAGGUUUUGGACAGAAAUGUUUCCAGUCUUCUGGACUCACCGUUCACCGUGCCAGCCAAAGUCGCCAACAGAGAGCGGUGCCAGAGUGCCAGAAAGUUUGGCUCGUUGAGGGAGAACGGUCGAUACAUAAUGAAAUCCACGUUUGUUCGCGAUCCUUUCUCUCGGCUGUUCUCUGCUUACGUGGACAAACUUCUGGCACCCAAUCCCACCUUCUGGACCACGUGGGGGAUCCCGGCCAUGCUGCUGGAGGGGGGCUUGGAGGCAAAGGAUGUGACUUGCGGUCAUGCGGUGACCUUCCAACAAUUCGUUCGUUUAGUAAAUAAUCGUCUGCAUCGCGAGGAUCCUCACGUUAUCUCCGUCGUACGCACGUGCCAUCCCUGCGAAAUAAGCUAUGACGUCAUAGGCAAGAUGGAGACCUUUUCUGAAGAUUUGCGCUACUUGACCUCCGUCUUGAACGUGACCUUCGACCCCAGGCUGUCGCUCGCCACCGAGAGUAAAGUGGACGCCAUUUUGGAUUCGGUGGAAAGCCCUUUCGAGUGGAGGGAGGAUAUCACAAAAUGCAUCUCCACUCAAGAGAUGGGGCGAAGAAUUUGGCGCAAGCUGCAGAUCCGAGGGAUCAUCAGUACUUUUCACGACUAUCCGUUGGCAGACGAGGACCUUUCCACAGUGUCCAGCACCGUCUUCAGCAAAGCGGCUCUGGAGGCCGCCAUCAAGUCCACGGACAAGGACCAGCUGGUGCUGCAGAAAAGACAAGCCUUCAUGGAGGCCUAUCGCACUCUCUCCAUGGACGACAUCCACGUCUUCUCGCAGCUCUUCGCAGACGACUUUGAGGCGUUUGGCUAUGACAAGCGGCCGGCGGCUGUGUUUGACAGAAAUCUCACUUUCGUGGAUACCCAUGCAUUCGAUGUUAACACACCCUGGGCAACCUCUUGACAUACAAGAAUGAAAGGAGAAGUGGAACAAAAACUACACAACACAGUCGCAAGGUUUAUACUGGACACUGGAGUUUAUUGAAGGUACCUGGGUAGGUGAGACGGGUGGAUACUUAUAUUUUGAAACUGAUGGGCCGUACUUUAUUUCUUGAAGCUUGUUUAUCUUUUCAUGCGCUCCCUCUUACUUACAAUUCCUCUCUUUUGUGUAUUCCCCCUUUCUUCCAUUUUUGUAUCACCCCAUCAUCAAAACAUGAGACAGUAGAGAAAAGAUGCCGCGCAAAUUUAUUAGGUGUUUGGCAGGUACAAAACAAUACAAGUGAAGGUGGUGUGUCCGCCAUGCGAGCAACUGUAACAAGUAAUCGCUGUCAGCUGACACUGUGCAUUGCUGACAGUGUUCAUGGCUGUCACUGUUCAUUACUGACACUGUUCAUUGCUGUCACUGUUCAUUACCGACACUGUUCAUUGCUGUCACUGUUCAUUACUGACACUGUUCAUUGCUGACACUGUUCAUUACUGACACUGUUCAUUGCUGUCACUGUUCAUUACUGACACUGUUCAUUGCUGACACUGUUCAUUACUGACACUGUUCAUUGCUGUCACUGUUCAUUACCGACACUGUUCAUUGCUGUCACUGUUCAUUACUGACACUGUUCAUUGCUGUCACUGUUCAUUACCGACACUGUUCAUUGCUGACACUGUUCAUUACCGACACUGUUCAUUGCUGUCACUGUUCAUUGCUGACACUGUUCAUUACGACACUGUUCAUUACUGACAGUGUUCAUUACUUACACUGUUCAUUACUGACACUGUUCAUUACUUACACUGUUCAUUACUGUCACUGUUCAUUUCCGACACUGUUCAUUACCGGGUCUGUUGUGUUCAUUACACUUUAGUUUCCUUAGUUUUCGUGGUCAGGCUUUUCGCUCUCAUGUUGUGAGUUACAGCUGUUCAUGCAGAUUAAACAAAUUUAUCUUC